CAUCCAAAAUUCAGUAUUUUGAGUCUUAAACAUGAUCUCAUUAUAAAUGUAAGAUACCUAGCUAGCCCCAUUCCAUAUCCUAACAAUAAAUUAUCAAGAUCAAAUUUUAUCAGGCACUUAAUUAGAUCAAAGAAUAACAAAUAAUAAAAAUAAUUAAUAAGAUCAUGUCUGAGGAAGAACAUAAGAAUCACCACCAUAGUCUUUUCCACCACCACAACCACAAAGAUGAGGAAGAUAAACCAAUUGACUAUGAGAAGGAAGUGAAGGAUCACAAACACAAAGAACACCUUGGUGAGCUUGGUGCUGUUGCUGCUGGUGCUUUUGCUCUUCAUGAGAAGCACAAGGCAAAGAAAGACCCAGAACAUGCUCACAAACACAAAAUAGAGGAGGAAAUAGCAGCAGCUGCAGCAGUUGCUUCAGGUGGAUUUGCCUUCCAUGAACAUCAUGAGAAAAAAGAUGCUAAGAAAGAAGAGAAAGAGCAUGAUGGAAAACAUCACCUUUUUUAAUUAUUUUGGCUCUUUAUGAUAAUUGAUAUAUGCCUUUAAUAUUUAAUAUUGGUGUUUUAUUAAUUAUAUAUGUUGUAAUAUUUACUAGUAGUAUUUUAUUUGGGAAAAAAGAG